AUGACACCAGAAAAUCAAACCAGUGUAGCGAGAUUCUUCCUCCUGGGGCUUUCAGAGGAUUCAGAAGUGCAGCCUUUAAUCUUUGGCCUGUUCCUGACCAUGUACCUGGUCACCGUGCUCGGGAACCUGCUCAUUAUCCUGGCCAUCAGCUCAGACUCCCGUCUCCACACCCCCAUGUAUGUCUUCCUCUCCAACCUGUCCUUCACCGACGUCUGUUUCAGCACCACCACCGUCCCCAAGAUGCUGGUGAACAUCCAGACACAGAGCAAAGCCAUCAGUUACACAGGUUGCCUCACUCAGGUUUGCUUGAUACUGAUUUUCGCAGGCCUGGAAAAUUUUCUCCUUGCAGCAAUGGCCUACGACCGCUAUGUGGCCAUCUGUCAUCCACUGAGGUACACAAACAUCAUGAACCCUCGCCUCUGUGGCCUGUUGAUUCUCGGCUCCUUGUUUCUUAGCCUGGCAGAUGGCCUGCUACACAGUCUUAUGGUGCUGAGGCUGUCCUUCUGCGCACACCUGGAAAUUCCUCACUUCUUCUGUGAACUUGCUCAAGUCAUCAAACUUGCCUGUUCCGAUACACUCAUCAAUAACAUCCUCGUAUACUUAAUAACUACCAUACUGGGUGGUAUUCCUCUCUUUGGGAUUGUUUUCUCUUACAUGAAAAUUGUCUCUUCCAUCCUGAGAAUGCCGUCCACAGGUGGGAUACAUAAAGCUUUCUCCACCUGUGGGUCUCACCUCUCUGUGGUUUUCUUAUUCUACGGGACAGCUUUUGGAGUGUACAUUAGCUCUGCAGUUACUCAUUCUUCCAAUAACAUAGCAAUAGCCUCGGUGAUGUACACUGUGGUCCCGCCAAUGCUGAACCCUUUUAUCUAUAGUCUAAGGAACAGAGACAUAAAGGUGGCCUUGAAAAAGCUCCUCUGGAGAACAGUUUCUUUUUAA